GCUCUUCUUCUUCUUCUCGCUGCAGCUCCCAAAAUCCCCCCUCUAAGUUGCCGGCACCAGCUUUGAAAAAUUGGUGAGAUAAGCUUGGUUUUGGCCUUCUUUUCUUGUUCAAGAGCAAGAUUGGAGCCUUGAAAUCCUUCUUCCCCUGCUGGAAAAUCCAGAUCUGCUCUAUUCUUCCUUCUUCAUCGUCGGCUGCUCCUGCUUUGUGGGGGUGAAUUUCUCUGAUUUUGGGUAAGAAAUAGCCAUGAAUCUCCCUUCUCUAGCUUGAAUUGCCCUGGGUUUACUUUAAUUGCUCUUGUUCCUCCAAUUUUUGGGUAAACCCGUGAGCUUUCCCUGCAACUUGCCGCCGGCCUCUUCCCCCCUGCAGCUUCGGUUUCUACAGCUGGAGAAUUAUGGCGAUGGGUUCGCGAGGUGCGAACCCAGCUCCUGGGUUCGCACCCCCAGCUCGGGUUCGCACCCCCAGCUCGAGUUUGCGAGGAGCCUGGGUUCGCACCUCGCGAACCCACGAGUUGGGUUCGCGAGGAACCCAGGCUCCUUGGCAUGGGUUCGCGAGGUGCGAACCCACGUGCUGGGUUCGCGAGGAACCCAGGCUCGUGGGUGUGCGAACCCAAGAGCUGGGUUCGCGAGGAACCCAGGCUCCUGGGUGCGAACCCAGCUCAGGUUCGCGAGGUGCGAACCAAGGAGCUGGGUUCGCGAGGAGCCUGGGUUCGCACCUCGUGAACCCACGAGCUGGGUUCGCGAGGAACCCAGACUCCUGCGUGCGAACCCACGAGCUGGGUUCGCACCCAGGAGCCUUUUUCUCCUUCAUAUUAACACUGGUUUUGCGAACCCAGGCUCUUGGGAUUGCCUGGAGGUAAAAGAAAAAAAAAGGCUGGAGGAAGGAGAAGCUGGGGAAGAAGACGAGGGUAUAUCAGUAAUUAAAAGUAAAAAAUUUAA